UCUACACAUUGCGGGCAGAUGUUCUACCCGCUACACUCGAGGCCGCGGGCUCUUACCUGGAGGAAGUGCGGAGAAAAACGCUACCCAGCUGGGCUCGGAGAGUUAUUUCUGAGUAUGAAGCUUUCUACAAGCAAAACCUCGACUCGACGCUGCGUGAUUCGAAAAGGAGUCGGCUUGAUGAAGAUGGAGGUGGAAGAUCUUCCUCAGAUCAAGGACGACAAGAAUUUGCGCUCACGAAUGCAGUACUAGUUCCCUCUUGGUCCUCCUCUAUUUAAGGCACAGAAAAACCCAACCCUUUACACAGCCCAUUCUUCUCAUUCCCCUUCUACACAAGGGGAAUCCAUACUGGGUUGCUGGCGUAAGGUUGGGCUUUUCUCUUCGCUAAUCUAUUCAGCAGCAUGAUAGUGGUCCAUCGUUUUAUUCUUCUUCGUCCUCUUCCUCAACAAGUGGCUCGAGGACCAGGAGAAGGCCAUCUUCACCUCCAAGGGUCGUUACCUCUGCAACAUUGUGUGUCGAUCGGGACGCACGUGAGAGCGCAAAUUGGAGUGGAGGAACUGUGUCGACUACAGCCUCAUCUUUUGAGGAUUUUGGUACUGAAGAUCCUAGAUCAUCAUCUUCUGCUAGAAGUGGUACUGCUGGUAGUGCUUCUAGUGCUAGUAGUAGAGAAACGAGCAGGCCCACCACGACUACACGAUCAGGAUCACCGCCAGGAGCACCAGAGGGCGAGGGCGAAGAACGGCUUUGUUCGUCUUCUUCUUCUACUGUCGACGAGGAACAACAAUCGUAUACCUCCUGGGAUUCCCAAGCAUUGCCGGACUUAGCACGCUUAUUCCUUGACUCAUCGCACGAAUUGGCGAAACAGCUACUUUUAAGGCGCCUCGUUGUAUUUACUUAUAGUACAUCUACUCCAUAGAAAUACUGACUUUGAAAAGUCCUAGGUAAAUCGCAUUAGUAUGUGCUACUAACUAGUCUUGCGCCAACAGUGGCAAGUUUUUAUUUAGUAGAUCGCUCGAAAUUGAUUGUUUUAGAGGAAGGGCUUUGCCUCCAGCACAUUCUGCGCCGCUUCCGAAACCCUAAACCCUAACCCUAAACCCAAACCGUAUCUUCUUCUAAUCUCUGAUAUUCACACAAGUGAGACGCAACGUGAAGCCGCUUUUCAGGAUGAAGAUCAGGUGAUAGCUUCUGACGAUGGGAAAGGCUUCGACUUUUUAUUACCUCGAGUGGAAGAAGUAGAUGUAGAGCAAGAAGAAGGACGAGAAGGAGCAGGAGAUGGACAUCUUCUUCUACAGCAGCAGCAAUAUGGGCAAGAAGAGACAUCUACUUUUUUAGAUGAAGAAGAAAAUGAUCU